AUGCUCGACCCGUUUGCGAUGCGGCUGCUGGCGCCCCGCCUUGCGCGGUCCGGCCAACAGAGCCUCAGCCAAACUCGGCUGGUUCCAGGCGGUCGAUUCCUUGUCACGAGUGCUGUUUCUGGUCUGCUGUGUUUGUGGGACUUGGGCUAUGGCCCGUCGUCGCUGAUCAAUCCGUACCCGCUUGCAAGCACCACUCUGCCUCACGAGCCGUUCGUGCUCUUGCUGCAGGCGGCAGAACGGGAGGGUGUGGCGCGGGUAGUUGUGUGCCAUCGUCUAAGUGGCGUUGCCAUAGACAUCACAGCAUUCGAGGUAGAGCUGGGACCCACACAUGAAUUCAAGAAAAUCGGCGAAUACCGCGUUCCUGCACACAACCUCCAUGCUUACGCUCUCACCCCAAAUCGGUUCACGUUCCACUACAACAUGGUUGUGACCGUUUGGGACUUCAUGGAAGACAUAUGCGUGACUAUUAAUGUCCACACUGUCUAUAGUAGUAUUCUGGUCUCCCCCACCACGAUUAUUUGUCAAGACUCCCGCGGCCAGUGGCUAUUCGACAUCCCGCCUCUGCAGCCCACCGACUCUCCGCUCGCGAGAGAGACCGUCAACUCGUUUUACCCGUCCAUGGCGGUGUCGCAUAUCACCGGGAUAUUUGAUAGCGAAAUAGAACUCACCCGGCAAGCGGACUGGUUGCUUGCGCCGCCCAACUCGCAGGUCGUCUUCGAUGUCUACGGCGAGCGGGACGGCGACAUCGCAUUUGUGGCGUGCGUCUUCCAUCUGAUGGCCGCACCUGAUGCCGGCCUGCCGCGGGCCCUGCCGCGUCUGAUGGGCGUCAGCAGCGCGGACGUGCCGGAGGAGCAGAUGGGGUUCUUUGACCCGCGGCCGCUGCAGCACGCGCAGAACGCGCAGCGUGACCUGAUCCGCACGUGGCUCCUGCAAACGGACAUCGUCGUAAGCGUCGCACCGCUGCCAGCGGAACCGGAGGAGCUGGUCCCGGCGUCGUCGGCCUCGGUGUUCAGUCUCGAAAGCGCCGGAGUCAGGCGUAACCAGCUGCGCUCCUACGAUAUGGACGCGCUCUCGGGCCGUCUGGUCGUCGCCACCUCUGCGGAAGUGCGCGUUCUGGACUUUCUAGUACCCAAUCAAGCAUAUUAA